AUGCACAUUCUCGUCACCAACGACGACGGGCCGCCGUCAAAUGACUCCUCGCCCUACGUGCACCCCUUCAUCGCCGCCCUCCAAGCCCACGGCCACGUCGUCUCCGUCGUGCUGCCGCACGUCCAACGCUCAUGGAUCGGAAAGGCGCACAUCGUCGGCCACAGCAUCCGUCCGACCUACUUCCGCCCGGACCCCAUCCCCGCCACUCUCCCUGUCUCUGAAGAUGGCACCCCUCGCUACCCCAACACCGGAACGACGAGCUCGCGCCCGCUGCCUUCCUCAUCGUCCGCCGAGGAGUGGGUGCUCGUCGACAGCACGCCUGCGUCAUGCGUUCAGAUCGGCCUGCACCACUACUUCCGCGACCGUGGUCCCAUCGAUCUGAUCGUCUCGGGCCCGAACUAUGGCAGAAAUACCACGGCCGUGUUUGCGCUCAGCAGCGGAACCAUUGGCGGCGCCAUGGAGGGUGCUGUGUGCGGAAAGCGUUCGAUUGCGCUGAGCUUUGCCUUCUUCGACCGCAACCACGACGCCACCAUCAUCACGGAAGCGUGCGAGCAGGCGGUCAAGGUGAUUGAGCAUCUGGCCGCGAACUGGAGCUCGGACGCCCAUCUGUACACCGUCAACGUGCCGCUCCAGGCGGGCGUGACCAAGAAGAAGACCGUGUGGACGGAUAUGCUUCAGAAUGCUUGGUCAAGUGGAAGCUGCUUCCAGGAGGUGCUUGUGCCAGAGAGCGAAGACGACGGCCCGGCCGAGGCUGAGAGAGAACUGCGGAAAGAGGAAGAGCGGGCAGAAAACGGCGGAAGCAGCUCUGCUGAGAGCGGAACGGUAACUCCGCAUGCGAGAUACAACCACAUGCAUUUCAAGUGGGCACCUAAAUUUAAGGACGUCUACGACAGCGUGGAGAGGAGUGAGCCGGGCAAUGACGGCUGGGCUGUGAAGAAUGGAUUCACCAGUGUAACGCCACUGCGGGCCAACUUUAUGCAUGCUUCGGCGGACUACAAGGGUGAAUUGCAGAUAUAG